GAUUCCAAUGAAGAAUGGCAUUUCCUCCGUUAGUUAGUUCUACACCUCCUCCUUUGGAUACUUUUGGAGAUUCUGAAGAAGAUGAAUUUGGUGAUUUUACAACUGGAGGCAUAGAUGGAUUAUCUGUAUCAUCAGAUUCACCACAUAAACUUAUUACACCAAUUCAAACACCUUUAACAUCACAAAAUACUUCACCAAAAGUAAAUGGUAUUCCAGAAAAUUCUAAAAAUUCACAAACAAUUAUUCCAAUUGUUCCAAAACAAAUAAUUACAGAAGAUCUUCUAAUACUUGAAAAAAUUAAUGAUACUGUAAAUAAAAUCAAACUCAAAACAGAAGUUGAAAAUUUUGAUGAAAUAAUAGAAGAUAAUAGUAAAAGAAAUUUGGAAAAUAUAAACAAUAAUAAGGAAGUUAUUAUAGAAAGAAAGGUUUCUAAUGGAGUUAAUUUAUCUAAUGAAAGCAAUAAUUUUAGAGAAAGCGAACAAGAAACCUCUCUCAAUAAUUUAGAAAAUGUAGAACCUUUAUCUCUAGAUUUAGAAGAUCCGAGUGUUGCUCCUGAUAUUGUACAAUCAAUAGAUGAUGAUUUUUAUAAUUAUGAACAGUUUGUAGCUUCAAAAAAUUGGAUUUCUAAGAGUGAUACAUCUAUUUCAAAAACUGAUUAUUUUAAAUUCCAAGAUACUUUGAGUAAUGUAAAUAAUUUAAAUAAAGAUUUUAAUAUAGAAAUUAAAAAAGAUUCAAAUUUGAAUUUGGAAAAUACUAUUGAAAAGUCAAUAUUGGAAGAUAAGUGUGUACAAAAUAUAAAUAUAUCCAAAACAAAUGAUUUUACAUUUGAAGUUGAUAAUUCAAAAUUUGAUGAUUCAAAGAAUGAGUUUUCUCAGAGUAAUCAAAUAAAAAAUGAAAUUGCUAAAGAUCUUCAGUUUUCUCAAAAUAAAGAUAUUAAAAUUGAAAAUGAUUUUUUAUCUUCUACAUCACUGCCAGAUAUUUCUAAAUGUUCUAAUGAAGAAUUUGGUAACUUCAAGUAUGAUUCUAUAUUGGAAUCCUCUAUUACUGUGAACCAGGAAUUUUCAGAAAAUACAGUAGAAAUUAAUGAAAAAAAAGAAGAAACACUUCAAGAUGAUGAUUUUGGUGAUUUUACCAAUUUUUCUGAACAUACACAAUUUAAAGAACUUGGUCAAGCAAAUGUAUGUGAUACAAAAGAUGAUGAUGAUUUUGGAGAUUUCAAUGAUUUUGAAACAGCAUUUGAACAGUCUAUAAUAGAGCAAUCACAAAUCAAUAUAAGAGACUCAAUUUGUCGAAUAGAAAAUAAAAGUGCUGCUAACAAAAUAGAAGACAUAAUAACUACAAUGUUUUCUAUGGAACUGGAACAAUGUGAAAUUGAAAUACAAUCAUUGAUAAAUAAGACAGAUAAAGUUUGGGAAAGUAUAAAAAAUGUUGAGGAAACAAAUGCUUUGACAUAUCAAUGGGCAAACAGUUCCAGUAAUAAUAUACUUUUGAAUUCUCUUGGUAUUGAUUCUCGCAAUAUCUUAUUUGGACCGAGGUGGAAUCCCAAUGUUCCAAGAUUUGCUGCAAAUCUUGGUUUUACUCCACUAGAACCAAUUAAAGCUAUAAUUGAUCCUCAACCAGUUGCUUUGUCAAAUACCAAUAAAAUUCCAGCUUCAAAUAAUUCAGAAGAAGUACCUGCAGCUCAAUUCGAUUGGAAUAGUUCUGGGCUUGUUAAUCCUUUAGAAGCUAGUGGUGGGUUAUCUGCUCUUCUACCUCUGGACUUUUUAUGUCCUUUUGAUCCUCUAUUAACAUCCCAUAAUAACUCCAUCAAUUCUGAAUCCUAUCGUCGACCGAGUAGCGCAAGGAAUCCUAUUAAUCAUCAUAUCCCAGAAAUAAAUCGAGAAAGAUGCAAUUCAACAUCAAAAGUGGAAAUGAUAGAUUCUUUGGAAAAUGAUAUUGCAAAAUUACAAAAAUGUCCACAAUCUUCAAAAAUGAUCGAGCCUUUGCCAACUCCUCGUGCAUCAGAAUGGAAGAAAAAAACUGAAUUCGAUAUAGGACAUAAACAAAAAAGUAUUCAAAGAAAUAUUCCACUGGAGAAACAAUCAAUGGAAAAGCAAUUUCUAUCAACAAUCGAGAAACAGUAUACGUCUGAAAAACAAUUUGUACCAAUUGAAAAACAGUUUCUAUCAAGUGAUAAGCAAUAUUUAUCUUCUGAUAAAUCAAUUUUGGGAGACAUUUAUCGCGGAAAAUUCGCGAAUAAGAGAUCUGGAUCUGAACACGUGGUUAUGGAUAGAUUUGGUCGAGUAAUGCCAAUUCAGUCAGAAACAGCCAGAGUAUUAAAUCAUUUACCUGAUCUUUCAUUUCUCAGCGCUAGAACUUUAAUGCUCGAUCGGGAAAAUAAGCAGAUUGCUUGUGAAAUGAGUAUUAUAAAUCGUAAAAUGCCUGGCUGAGUAACGUCGGUCUGAGCGCGAGUUUGAAAGGUCAAAACAUUCAAUAGAUCUCUUUCUGUCCUGUGGACAAAAUUAUAAGAUGUAGAAAUGAAGGAGAAAAAAAUGUUCCGUUAACCUUUCAAACCCACGCUUGGGCCGAUCUUUAAUGCUAAUUUCCUCACGAAGAAAAAAAAAAAACACGACUGAUGAAGUAUUCUAUACUCUUUAUUCAGGAAAACAAAGAGAUUCAAUAUAGAAUAUAUAUGCGAAGUGGUGAAUAUCUAUUUCCUUACGUUCAUAAGAACGUAAUACAGAUAACACAGAUUUUCUAUCAUUUUUGCAUAAUAAGAUGUCUAGAAAAUUUGUACUUACAUAUAUAUUUUGUUCACGAAAUGGAGUCAUGAUAUUUUAUCAUUUAAGAUAUAAAAUUGGAAUUUUUAAUAAUUUUCAGAUUUCCAGACGCUUUCAAAUAUUAAUAAUGAAAACAUGACUUUUAAUAUGUGUUAAUUAUGUGAUAUGUAAUUUUCUUAUGAUAAUUUAAUUACUUCAUUUAAUUCAGAUAUGAAUAUAAUCUUAUUUUUUAUUCUUAAAUAUGGACCAAUUUAUAGUUUAAAAUAAUAUCAAGUAAUAUAAGUCAACUAUAACAUGAUAUUUAAUUUUACUUAUAUUUUUAAUCAUAUUUCUAAAUAUUAAAAAAAUUCACAUUAUUAUACAAAAUUAAUUUGUGAAUAUUAUAAUCUAUUAGUUAAUAAUUAAACUUUGCAUUCUUAUUUUUAUUUCUAAUGAUUUUAUUCUAAUUUUUUUUCUUAAUUAAAGAAUGGUUUAUUAAUACAAUUUAUUUUUUUAAUUAAUUAAUUUUAUGUUUGUAAAGUUCAUAAGCAUAAUGUACUUAAUCUUUUAUAUAUAUUGACUCUGUUCCGUGAACAGAGAUAAAAAUAUGCAAGUUAGUGGUGCAGCCAGAUAGAUAUGUUAUGAAUUAAUCUUAUACGAAUAUAUUAAAAAAGAUUCAUUGUUAAAAAAAAUUAUUUAAAUAAUUAAAUAAAUUUAAUUUUUAAAUAAUUUUUUUUUAAUUAUAUUUAUGUUUCAUAAUAAUAAUUCUAUGUUAUAUUUUAUAUAUCUUUUCUUAUUCUAUAAAAAUAUACACAUAUUUCGUUUAAUAUAAAAAAAAAUAAUUGCGAAUAUAAUUAAAGGAAAGGAUAAAAAUUAACUAAUCAAUUACUUUAUUUUUAUAAUUAUAUUUUUUUUUCAAUAAAUUUGAAACUGGCCGUACCACAAUCGUAGAUAGUCAGUGAUUUCGAAUAUUUAAUAUUCGAAUUAAGAUUUAACACUGAUAAUAUAAUAACAUUCGAAAGGAAUUGUCGGAAAAUACUUGGCGUUCGAAAGUGACUUAACAAAUAAUAAUAAGAUAUUGCAAGUAAAUAUAAAAAUAUUUGUGAGAAACUCAAAUGAGGAAGCUUAUACCUUUGACAUUUGAUAAUUAUUUUUUGUAGAUUGUAUGUUCUUAUUAUAAUAUAAUAAUUUUAAGCUCGAUUAAAUAUUCUAUUAUGAACAAAAAGAGAAUUAAUCUUGAAUAAAAAAGUUUGAAAAAAAUUAAAAUGAUUAUAGGAAGCAAUGUAUAAUAGAUAUAUAUUUUAUUUAUAAUCUUAUUAAAAUAUUACUUAAAAUGUCUGAGGUAGUAAGCAAACAAUAUUUAAUAUAAUAAUAAUUUAAAUUAUAGAAACGUAAAAAUGUUAUUAAUUUUAUUAGUUGUAUUCUAAUAUUGUAUUACAGAUAUUAUAAUUACUUUAUUUGUUAUAAACAUUAUUUCAGUUAUUAU